GUGUGUGUGUGUGUGUGUGUGUGUGUGUGUGUAAUACUGUUUUUCUUUUUUGUUUUUUGGUGUUUUUUUUGUUUUUUGUCUUUUUGAGACAGGGUUUCACUAUGCAGUUCAGACUGGCCCUGCACUCACUUUGUAGCCCAAGCUGGCCUCAACUAACAGCAAUCCUGCCUUAGCAUUUCCAGUGCUGGGAUUACAGGCAUGUGCCACCACACCUGGCAGCAUGAUGUUGUUUCUUUAACAAAUCAAAGCAGAAAAAAAUAGUGAAUUUAUAAAUUAAAGUACUCAAACUAUUUGGAGGCUGAGGUGGGAGGAAUGCUAUGAGUUUGAGGCCAUCCUUGGUCAAAUAGUUCAAGGCCAGCCUGGAUACAUAGACCCAGACUCAAAAAAAAAACAAAAACAAACAAAACAAAGCUCCAAAGAUUUAUCAACCAGUUUCAUUGUGUAGAUCUUUUUUGGAUGCCAGUUUUUUUAAGCUUGAAAAAGUAUGACCAAUAUAAUUGGGUUGUUAUUAUUUUUGGCCUUUUUCAGACAGGGUUUCACUAUGCAAUUUAGGCUGGCCUUCAGCUCACAUCAUAACCCAGGCUGGUCUCAAACUCAAUGAUUCUCCUGCCUCAGGCUCCCUAGUGCUGGAAUUACAGGCAUGCACUAGCAUGCCUGGCUAGAUAAUUGGAAGUUGAACUGGAUGUUUUAUAAUAAGCACUUGUUUACAGAUAAAAUGAUGUAGUGCCUGAGGUUUGCUUCAAAAUAAUCUGAUAAAGAGGAAAAGAUUAUCUGUGGUUGGUAGUGUUGGGGCUGAGUGAUAGGUAUGUAGUGCUUCAUUAUGUUACUGUUAUAUAUGCUUUUAAAAUUUAAAAAAAUGUUUUUCAUAGUACUGAGGAUUUAGACUACAGCCUUUGCACUGAGUUACAUCCUCAGCCAUUUUGUCUUAUUUUUUGAGGCAUGGCUAUGCUAAAUUUCCCAGGCUAUGUUCAUACUUGGGAUCCUCCUACAGUGCUGAGAUUAUAGGCAUAUGCCGUUAUACCAGGCUUGUAUAUGUUUUAAGUUCUCUGUAAUAAAUUUUUUUAAUUCUGUAUUUUUUUUCUUAAUAUAUAUUAGUAUGUGUUACACAUAGUGAUUACAUUCAUCGUGCUGAGUUGAUACAUGUACGUAGCACAUCUUAAUUUUUUUUUACUUUCCAUUGCCCUCCAGAACUUUCUGUUUGUAUGUUUGUUUUUGAGACAGAAUCUCUGUGUGUAGUUCAGGUUGGCCUUGAACUCACUGUGUAUCCCAGAGUAGUCUCAAACUCAUGACUAUCUUCUGCCUAAAACUCCUGAGUACUGGGAUUACAGGUGUGUGUCAUCACACCUGGCUCCCUUCAGAAUUUUUGAAAAUGAGGAAAGAAUGAUUUGUGUAUGUAUAGAAUAUAGCAUUGUUUUGUAUAAAUUUUCUAUUUGGAACAUUCUUAGAAGCUCAGAAGAACCAGUUCUGCCUCUAGAUGUUAUAUGGUAUAAGGAUUGAUGAUUACAGUGGUUGUAAAGGAUAUUAGUCCUUUGUGUGCAAGUAAAGUUUGCAAGUACUAUAAUGCUUUUCUUUUGGUAAUAUUUGAUGACAUUCAGGAGUAUUUAUACUGUUCUUCCAUAUCAUCUGGAAGGCCAAGGGCAGCCUCCCUUGCAUAAGUCACCUUAUGUUAUUUUUUUUUUCAAGAAGCCAAAAGCCCUUUUUAGUACUUAUAUAUGCCAUAGUUUUUUUUUUUUGUUGUUGUUAUUUGGUUGGUUGGGGUUUUUUUUGUCUUUUUCCUUUUUAUCGGUACCGGGGAUCAAACUCAUGACUGCCUGCCUGCUUGCAAGGCAGGCGCUUAUGCCGCUGAGCUAAAUCCCCAGCCCCAUAUAUGCCAUAGUUUAUUAGAGGGUACUGAAUUUAGAAGGCCUAAGUUUGGAUUCUGGUUCUGCCAUUUGCUGACCAACCAUGGGCAAAUCUUUAUCUCAAUCAUGGUAGAAAAAAUUGGCCUCCUAAUUAGGCCUCAGUUUGGGUGCUUAGUCUAGUGUUAUUAGCAAGUUAUGUAAUGUCUUUGAACUUUAGUUUCCUAACAGUGAAAAUCAAAUAUGCUAGUUGGUCAACCAAGUACUUGAACUAGACCUUUUAGAGGUAUUGAGUUGAAGAAGCAAUAUACUAGAAAGGACAUCUAAGAAACAUAGCUACCAAGUACCUUUGAUAUUUAUACUUGGCAGGGGCUGGGGAUUGAGUUCGAUCCCCGGUACCAAUAAAAAGGAAAAAGACAAGGAAAAAAAAAAAAAAGAAUGGUGGAUAUUUAUACUUGGCAAACAUAAGGUUUUAUAAGUUUAAAAAUUUUUUUCCAAACGUAAACCUUUUUUCUUAAUGGUACUUAAAGCUAAAGAAAUAACUUUGUUCUGUGAAAUAAUUCAGUUACUAAGCUGAGAAAUUACUUUUCAACUUUUUAAUUUUUUCUUCAUGCAGGCACCUGCACCAAUACCUGGAAUUCUCACAAUAAUUGUUGGGCUUCUUUGGAGGGGUGUGAGGGUUGAACCCAGACCUAAUGCUUGCUAAGCCAUUGAGUUGCAUCUGCUAUGCCAAAUUGCUAAAGUAUUAGUGGUUCUGAGUUUAAAUAUAAUGGAAAACUUGAUUUCUUUAAUAAGAUUAAUUUUACAGAGUGGUGUUGAGAGGUAACAAUUAUAAAGUCUGUCAUACUGUCUAGUUUAUAAUAGGUAUGAAAUAUUUUUUUCCUUUCUGUCUUAUUACAUUUCUAAGCUCUUGUUUAUUCUUUUUACUAUUUUGUUGACAGUUCCAUUUUAUAUUGUCUCAUAUUGGUGCUUUCCUCUGUCCCUCUUCCUCCCUUCCGUUUUUCCUUCCUUUCUUUUAUUUUUGUUUUUGAGACAGAAUCUCACUUUCUAGUUCAGGCUGGCCUGGAAUGUACUGUAUAGAGUGAGUUCUUGGCAAUCUUUCUACCUCAGCCUCCCAAAUGCUGAGAUUAUAGAUGUGUGCUUCCAUACCUGGCUAAUUUCCUUUUAUUUUGUUGUCAUACUGGGGAUUGAACCCUGGGGCUCACACAGAGUAUAAGAAGGGCUCUCUCACUGAGCUAUAUCCCCAGCUCUUUAAAUUUUAUUUUGUGAAAAGGUCUCACUGAGGUGCUGAGGCUGGCCUAGAAUUUACAGUCCUCCUACCUCAGUUUUUGAAUAAAUGGGAUUAUAGGAUGUACCACAACACCCUACAGAACCAUAUGUUUGUUUCUUAGAAAUCAUUUAGAAAUAUUUUAUGUAGCUCAAUGCCGAAUGGUAACUGUAGUUCAGAAAGUGUAUUUUGAAAGAAUACAUGCUUUGAAGAAACAACUGAAGAUAUAAGUAGUAAGUAAGGAGACAGUGGAAAUUUUACAGUUAAAAAAGCAAUAAAAGCCAGGUGUGGUUCAUUUAUAAACUCAGCAAUCAGGAACCUAAAGCAGAAGGAUCAUGAGUUUGAGACAAGCCUGGAUUACGUCUUUUAAAAUAUAUAUGUGUGUGUGUGUGUGUGUGUGUGUGUAUGUGUGUGUAUAUAUAUAUAUGGAAUUUUCCAGUUAUCAAAAUUAAUGUUCAGGUAUGUCUUAAUAGCUUCUUAGAUGUGAUUUGUAUGUGAAAUUUUUAUCACUUUUCCCAUUUGAAAAAUAAUUAUAGAUUAGAUCUGUUUUUAGUUAUUUAAAAACUAUAUUUCAGUUAUACAAGUAAAUAUUCAAGUAAGAAAUAAAAUGCUGGGGCUAGGGAUUUAGCUCAGUGUAGUAAGUGCCUACCUGGUAAGCAUGAGGUCAUCAGUUUGAUCCCUGGACCGCCCCCAACCCACCCCGGCCCAAAAAAAAAAGAAAAUGCAGAGAAAAGUCUUCCCUGGAAUUCCGUUUCCUUGCAGGUUAUAGUAGUCAUUGGUUCUGUGUUUGUAUCCUUACAGACCUUUUCUUUGCUUUUUCUCUGUUUUGUUUUGUUGUUGUUGUUGUUGUUGAGAUAGGGUAUCACUAUGUAGUUUAGGCUGGCCUUAAAUUUACUAAGUAGCCCAGGCUGGCCUUGAAUUUGUAUCAGUUCUGCUUUACUCGAGUGCUGAGUGCUGGGAUUACAGAUUUUUUUUUUUUUUUUUGGAGGUACAGUCUUGCUAUGUAGUUCAGCCAGGCCUUGAACUUACUUUGUGGCUCAGGGUGGCCUUGAACUUAUGGCACUCCUCUUGCCUUAGCUUCCUGCUUGCUGGAAUUACAGGUGUGUGCCACCACGCCUAGCUCUUCAUAUAUAAUGAAAAUUAGAUUGUUGUGUGUUGUAAUGAUAAAUUUUUGGAAUUUUAAGCAUUGCUGAGGCUGAGUGUGGUGGUACACAUGUGUGGUACACAUGUGUAAUCCCAGCACUAGGGUGGUUGAGGCACAAGGAUUGGUAUAAGUUCAAGGCCAGCCUGAACUAAAUAGUGAGACUUGGUCUCAAAAAAAAAAAAAAAAUUACUGCCAGUCCCCCUGCUCUACUUUUUCCCAUUUUGUAAUCCAAGUGAUUAUGAGACUAGUGGUUUGCACUAGUUAGUGACAGAACCAGGAGUAGAGUUGAAGUCUUUGGAUGCCCAAAUCAGUGUUCAUCUUACUUGAACAAAUGAUAGUCUUAAAAAAGUACAAAUUGUUGAGAGGAACAAAACAAGUUCUUUAGUUGCAUAAUUUUUUUCCUCUAAAGGUUUUUCUUUGGUGUUCUUGACUCAAAAAAUUCUAACUUUCUGAUAUUUAAAAAAAUCAAGAUUAAAAUUAAUAGAUGGAGCACCUUGAAGCACAAUACAGUUGACUUUGUAAUUAGCAGAGUUGAAAGUGAUGAGAAGAUCCUUUAAUUUUCUUUGUGCCUGCAGGAAGGUGGGAGUCAAUCAUUUUGACAGGUCUCCUGAAAGGAGCAGCUAGCAAGAGUUGAAACCUUUUUUCCAUUUGGUCUCGUGGCAAGGGUAGACAUUGCUGCAGCAGCUUCACACAAUAUGAUGUGCUCACUAAUGCCCUCUGACCAGUCUGCAGAUGCAUCUUUCUUAUCUAAAAACAAUGCUCAGUUUUCUUGGAGCUCCUUGGAUGAGGAUGAAUUAGAUGACUCCUUGCUGGAAUUCUCUGAUGGAGAAGAAGAUGAUGGCCAUUUGAGUCUCACUGAGGAAGAGAUUGAAGAGCUUUUGAAAGAUGAUAGCUCAUCAAAUGAGGAAGAGAUUGAAAAAUUCUUGAAAAAUGAUGAGCCAUCAGAUAAGCGUGAGAAAGGAGAAAAAAAGAGUCAAAUUCUACUUGAAACUCCCCAAGAAAAAAAUUCAUUGUACAGCUUGAGACCAGUAGCUGAGACCCCUGGCCUCUUCAAACUACCUCAACUAAAUACAUCAGUUGGUCAUGAACCAGCUCCUGCUAAAUCAUUAAAUAGACACCUUGUAUUAGAAAAGAAUCAUAUAAAAGUGACUGUCGUUGCACCAUUUGAUCCAACAGUUUGUGAUCCUAUGCUUGAUAAGAGUAAGACUGAUUCAUCCAAAGAUACUGAAAAACCCUCUUCCCCGAGGGAAGAGAUGAGAGAAGAUGAUCUUAGCCCAAAUGAGAGCACUGAAUCUGAAGGGAGCAGUCCUAAUAUUUCUGCCUGGGAUGGGACCUCUUCUCCUUUGAACAAUAGUUUUCAACAAACUGUCUCUGAUAAAAAUAUAUUUGACAGUAAGAAACCUACAUCUUUGUACUCUCAGAGCACAUACCAUUCAAAGACUCCUUCCACUACAGGGUCAUCCUGGAAAAAUAGUGGAUCACAUAAAGUAAGUUGUGAAAUGAGAUCUCCAGGUGUUUCCAGUUCAUCAAAAAGAGAUGUUCUUGACAAGGAUUCUGGGGAAAUGAAAGGCUAUGAGAAAAGAACAGGAAAGGUCAUUCCUGUUCUGCAAACCAAAACCAGGACUAAUAUUUCGACGUUUUCACAGUCAGAUCUAGAACAGCAGAAGCAAAUUUAUCUCAGACGUGUCUUUGAUCAUAUAGAAGAUCCAGGGGAUUCUAACCAAGGUCCCUCGGGGGAGCUAUAUACUUUGAUGGAUCGGCAGCAUCCUUCGGAUCUCACCAUGCGAAAUUAUGCCCGGUUUCGACAGAAACCUCUGCAAAGAUACAGCCUGACUCAGUGGGUUGAGAGGAACAAACGCAGCCACCAUCGGUUUCAGCGUCUUCCAGAUUUCUCAUAUAGUCCAUUUGUCUCAUCCCACCAGCAGUGAAGAUCCUUAUCUAGCAUCCUGUCCAGAAUAGUAUCUCUUUUUGUUCUAUUGUUUUAUUCUUUGUAUAUUUUGAAUUGUAUUUUUCACAAGAUUUUAUUUAAAAAACUUGACUCCUUUUGGCAGUGCCCAUUAUUAGACUGAAAUUUUUUUAGUAUGAUGACCUUCCUAAUUUUGUGUGUUUAUGUGUGUUUAAACAGUGUUAAGUUGAUAUAGUUUGUGGGAUUUUUUUAAUUUAAAUUGAAGUUGACUUCCCCUCUUGAAGCCACAACACCUAGGUUCAAGCAGAACACCUACAUCUAUGCAGAAGUGAAGUCUGUUUCUAGUGUCCAAAAGAAAUCAUCUUUUAAUCUUCUGUAAGGAAGAGAAUUUUUGAGAAUGGUCUCAAAGUGCAUCCAUUUACCUAGAUAUGUCUCAAGCUUAUCCUUUGUUGUAGAGUAGUGCUCCAUUACAUUUAAAACACACACUUAUCCAUUCACCAGUUGAUGGGCAUUUGGGCCAUUUCUAAGAUUUGGCUACCAUAAACUGCUGCUGUAAACAUGGGUGUGCUUGUAUCACUGUGUGAUGCUUUUAAUUCUUUCAGGAAGAUACAAAGAAGGGGAAUAGCUGGAUUGAAUGGAACCUUAAGUCCUAGUUUUUUUGAGGCAUCUUUACACUGAUUUCCAUAGUGGUUGCACCAGUCUACAGUGGAUGGUUGUGGAUGGUUGCACCAGUCUACAGAGAAGGGUUCCUUCUUCCCCACGGCCCCUCUAGCAUUUGUUAUUGGUUGAUUUCUUCAUAAUGGCCAUUCUUUCUGAUGUGAGAUGGAAUCUCAGCAGUGUUUUAACUUGCAUCUCUCAAAUGACCAGUGAUACUUUUGGAUUGGGUCUUUAAAUUUGGGGGGUUUGAUUUUUGAGGUUUUUUUGUUUUGUUUUGUUUUGUUUUGUUUUGUUUUUUUAAUGUUUUAGAUAAUCUUUGUCUGAGGAAUAGCUGGCAAAUUUUUUUCCCACACUGGGUUGUCAGGAAUAUCUUUUUUUUUUUUUUAAAUCGGUACCGGGGAUCGAAUUCACAGCUGCCUGCUUGCAAGGCAGGUGCUUAUACCACUGAGCUAAAUCCCCAGUCCCUGUCAGGAAUAUCUUUACCAGGUUAUAAACCAGUGUUAAUUAUUGUGAUUGCAUGUGAGUGGAUAUGGUCACUUUUAUCAAACCUGCUUCCUUUUAAAAUUUGAAUCUCUGACUGCCUGUCAGUAUUUUAAAAUUGGUAGUCCAGGAUAUUUGAAAUAAGAUGAAGUAGGAGAAAAAUCCUGUUGAAAGGAUAAAUUAAAAUGUAAACCCUGUUUUCUGUACUUAUAAGCUACUAUGAUAUUUUUUUUUCCUGCUCUGUUUUUUUUCCCUGCUAUUUCCAGAUAUUUUGGAUUGAAUACAUCCUGCUUCAUACAUGCUGAGCAAACACUGUACCAAGGAGCAACAUCUACAGCCCUGUUUAAUCAUCUUUGUUUUUUUCCCUUUCCUCCUUCUCUCUCUCUCUCUCUUUUUUUUUUUUUUUUUUUAGAGGCAGAGUCUUGCUAUGUAGUUCUGGCUGGCCUUAAGCUCCCUAUGUAGUCCACACUGGCCUUGAACUCAGCAAUCCUCCUGCUUCAGCCUCUCAAUUGCCAAGAUUACAGGCAUGUACCACCAUGCCUGGCCUAGCUUUUCUUCAUCUUCUGUUAAACUUACUUUGCACAUUGUGUUUACAGAUCUUACACGUCUUAAUUCUGACCGAAUACUGCUGACCAACUCCUGUUGAAUACAUUGUGAUCUUGUGACAGUCUUCUUUGCCCUUCUUCAGGAAUUUUCCUUCUUUUUUUUUUUUUUUUGUUUUUUGUUUUCAUGUUCAUUUGUCCUCCUGACACCUCCAUACACCACACAGUGACCACUGUUCCCUGGUGAUCUACAGGUAGUAUUCCAGUACGUUGUUAAAUAUGCCUCUUUAGAAUGGCCUCCCUGCUCUGUAGUUGAAAAGCUUCCUCUGCCACUUGACUUGGUGAUAGGCCAGUGCCAUUGAAAUAACCAGUUGGUCAUCAGUUUCAUCUAAUGAAGCUUAAUGUUUAAGUAUGAGUUUAGUCGAGGAACCUCUAUUCUCUGGAAGAGAACUUGGAGAGGCACUCUUUUAACGUGUAUCUAUAGACCCUUGAUGUUACCAUCUCAUUUGUUCAGGCCCCUGAUACAUAGUUUCACUUAACUGCCUACCUGGGUCUGAUAGUAUUGUGACUGAAUCUAUCCACAAAAGUAUUACUGGAUCUUGAGGUUUGAUAUUGUCACUGAAGCUGGUAGACUUUGUGCAUCUGUCUUAAUGGAUGUCUUAAGAGUUGGUUACUCUCUCUUUACAGUUUUCGACAUCAUUUGGGAAAUUGUGCAGUCUGACGUUUAUACUGAUGCUAUUUAUUCUCUGUGAAGGUUGUUCAUAACUGCUGUAGCCUCUGUCUGGUUUUAUUGUUUCGUCAGCCCCAUUUUUGUUAGUAACCUAUCUUAAUCAUGCCACCUGCUUUAGAAACUGACAGGAAAAGUUUGGUCAUUUAAGCGGCUAGUAAAUUUGGAUAGAUGCUUAAUGUGUUUAAUGUUUUUAUCCAGUCAAGGAUUCUCUUCCUUGGACAUUUUGUUUAGAUUCUGGAACUAAAGUGUAAUGGAAAAAUUCCACUUGAAGACAUAGUCAAAAUCUGUUCUUUCAGUUGGCAUAAUUGGCAUUUACUUCAUUGGUCACUUCUCCAGACUGACCUAAAUUGGCCUGAUGGAGUGAGACAUGCCAGACACUCACCUUUGGGACCAAAGCAUAGUUAAUAGUAAAUGUAAAUGGAGUAGCUAGCAUUACAUCUGUCUAGUUCUUCACAGAUAAGGAAUGAAGGGACAAUAUUUUGCUUCAGCAAAAAUCUAUGACUUAUGUUCCUGUCCUCCCAGUACAGGAAGGUUUAAAUGGAAUGUGUAAAGGAAGCAUUCCCUUUGCCAAAUCAAAUGAGUGACAGGUUAACUAGACAAUGUGACACUUACAUUUCCUGUUAGCUCAAAUAAUUCUGUUUUUCCAAAGCUUUAAGCAGCUUAAUUAAAUCUGUUGGACUGGGGGAGGAAAGAACUUCUUUAGUGGUUUUCAAGAAGAAAAAAGCCAAAGAAAACUCAUUAUCUGGCAUGUUUGCCUUAAAGAUGGUAAUGGGUAUAAUCUGGAGUUUUAACCUCUUUUCAAAGCUGCCUAUCUAGCUGGGUGUAGUGACACAUGCCUGUAGUCCUAGCAGUUGGAAGGCUGAGGCAGGAGGAUCACUUCAGGUUUGAGGCCAGCCUGGACUACGUAGUGAACUCAAGGUGAGCCUGAACUGCAUAGUGAGACCCUGUCUUAAAAAUAUAUAUGCCUAUGUCACAUUUAGCGUGGACCUGUAUGUCUAGUAUUUCAGGUGGAAUUCUAGCUGUAUUUUAAAAUUUAAGUAAGGGUUUUGUGCAUUGUUACCUAGCUUUCUUCAUCCAUGACAGUCAUACCACAGGAGUCUUGACAAAACAGUAAAGUGUGCUUUUUAUAUUUUUUACAUCUAAUAUAGACCCUGAUUCACUUGCAUUGUUGUCAGGAUCAAUUAUGAAACUGAAGUUUGGUGCCUCCUCUUUAUCAUGUUUUUUCCCUUGUAGCAGUUGUGUUUAAUGUCAUUAAAAAGAAAUAAAAGUUCUUGUCAGUGGCA